GGUACACGGAAAAUGGGAGACUAAGCGAACAAAAAAUUCCUCAGAGACAAAAUUCUGAAAGAAGAAAAAAAAAAAAGAAUUCCAUAUUGAUUGCUAAUAAUAAUGACAAUAAUUAAAUAAUCAUUGCCUUUGGUCUUCUCUAAAGAACGUGCACAGUUUAUGCCUUUCCAUAUCUACACUUUUCACAGAUGUUCUCUGAAUUGAAGACCGUGCUCUAGUUACCAUCAUGAAUUCAAUCCUGGAUCGUGUAGCUAAAGAUUGUGGUAGACGGAAUAGCUCAACUCCGUCCACUAGUGGGGACAUCUUUGAGCCUUCGUCAAGUAGUAAUGCUAAGCAACGGGCAACUUUGGUAGAGUGGAUGAACAGUCUUCUUCCUUACUUAAGUUUGCCAGUAAAUGCUUCUGAUGAGGAAUUACGAGCAUAUUUAGUUGAUGGAGCUAUCUUGUGUCAAUUAUUGAACAAGUUGAAACCAGGUUUUAUACCAGAGCUUAAUGGUUCAGGUCAUUCUUCGGAGUUAGGCUCAGAAAAUGUGAAACGGUUGUUGUCAGCUAUGGAUGAAAUGGGCUUGCCUAGGUUUCAAGCAUCAGAUCUAGAAAAGGGAUCCAUGAAAAUUGUUGUGGAGUGCCUUUUAACACUUCGAGCAGAAUUUACUCCAGAUGUUGGAGGAUAUGGUUCAACCACACCAGUAUCUCGCAAACAGGAACUGUCGAGUACUCAUUCUUCCCCAUCCUCAACAGAAGGGAGACGAAAAAUAGGAUCAGAUUCAAAAUUCCAGCGUGCUUUGAGAAGUCCCGUGAUGGCAGAGCCAUCAGCUGCAUUAUUACAUCACGUUGGACAUAAGUUCCAUGAAGUAUUUCAGCUUAAACAAGGGGGCUAUGCUGAUCUUCCCCCAUCGAAGAUUACCGAAAUGAUGAAAUCUAACAGCUUGGAUAUUGCCCCAACCCAGUCACUUCUAAGUGUUGUGAAUGGGAUUCUUGAUGAAAGCGUUGAGCGGAAGAAUGGAGAGAUACCUCAUCGGGUAGCAUGCUUGUUGAGAAAAGUAGUGCAAGAAAUUGAGCGGCGAAUCUCUACUCAAGCUGAACAUCUUAGAACGCAAAACAAUCUAUUCAAGACUCGUGAGGAGAAAUACCAGUCACGGAUCCGAGUCCUGGAAGCCCUUGCAACUGGGACUAGUGAAGAGACGCAGAUUGUCAUGAACCAGCUUCAGCAAAUUAAGAACGUAAAAAUCAAAAUGGAUGAGGAAAAGAAAAAUGAGAAUCACGACGUGGUUAGAUUGAUGAAGGAGAAGGAUGAUCAUAGUCAAGAGAUUUCAGCUUUGAAGCAAGAACUAGAAAUAGCUAAGAAAGCACAUGAAGUACGGUGCCUAGAAAUGGAAAAAGAGGCUAGAGAUACUCAACAAAAGCUUGAGGAGAGGUUGAAAAACAUCGAGAGCCUUUUAAAAGAAUCAACAAACAGAGUGAAAGAACUCGAGACUUUUUCUGAAUCAAAAUCACAGAGGUGGAGCAAGAAGGAGAAUGUGUACCAAAUAUUCACAGAAUUCCAGCUUGGCGCACUACGAGAGCUGAAGUUUGCUUCUCAGUCGAUAAAGCAAGAAGUAGUGAAAACACAAAGGAGCUAUGCAGAGGAAUUCAAUCAAUUAGGUGAAAAAUUUAGAGCACUAGACCAUGCAGCUGCAAACUACUCUGUCGUCCUUGCUGAGAAUCGUAAACUACACAAUGAGGUCCAGGAGUUAAAAGGAAAUAUUAGAGUGUAUUGUCGGAUAAGGCCAUUCCUUCGUGGACAAAAGGAAAAACAGUCGGUGAUUGAAUAUAUCGGAGAAAAUGGGGAGCUAAUUGUUGUAAAUCCUUCCAAACAAGGAAAAGAAGGCCGUAGGUCUUUCAAGUUCAAUACGGUCUACAAUCCAGCUUCAACACAAGCUCAAGUGUAUUCAGAUAUUCAGCCCUUAGUACAGUCUGUGCUUGAUGGUUAUAAUGUAUGUAUAUUUGCCUAUGGUCAAACUGGCUCGGGAAAAACGUACACCAUGACUGGUCCGGAGGGAGCAAGCGAGGAGGAUUGGGGAGUCAAUUAUCGAGCUUUGAAUGAUCUUUUCAGAAUUUCCCAAAUGAGAGAGAGCACUUUCAAGUAUGAACUCAAAGUUCAAAUGAUGGAAAUAUAUAAUGAACAAGUUCGUGACUUACUGUCAAGUGAUGGUUCUCAAAAAAGACUUGGGAUUUUAUCUACCUCUCAACCCAAUGGGUUAGCUGUCCCAGAAGCAAGCAUGUUCCCCGUCAAUGGAACUGAUGAUGUCUUAGAUUUAAUGCAUACGGGAUUGAGAAAUCGAGCAAAAGGUUCUACUGCCAUGAAUGAAAGAAGUAGUCGAUCACACAGUAUUGUAACUAUCCAUGUCCAAGGGAAGGAUAUAAAGAGUGGUUCGUCAAUGCAUAGUAGUCUUCAUUUGGUGGAUCUUGCUGGAAGUGAAAGGGUAGAUCGCUCUGAGGUGACAGGAGAUAGAUUGAAGGAGGCACAACAUAUAAACAAGUCAUUGUCUGCUUUAGGAGAUGUCAUAUCUGCUUUGGCACAAAAGAAUGCUCACAUUCCAUACAGAAACAGCAAACUAACUCAAGUCCUUCAGGCUUCAUUAGGCGGUCAGGCAAAGACACUUAUGUUUGUGCAGCUUAACCCUGAGAUUGCUUCAUAUUCAGAAACCAUGAGCACAUUAAAAUUUGCUGAACGGGCAUCUGGAGUAGAGCUAGGCGCUGCUCGAAGUAGCAAAGACGGCAGGGAUAUCAGAGAGUUGAUGGAGCAGGUAGCAUCUCUCAAAGAUACAAUAGCUAAGAAAGAUGAGGAGAUUGAGCAACUACAGCUGCUCAAAGAUCAAAAGAAUGUUUCUCCAGAAUCCAAUGGUGAGAAACGCAGUCCAAACUCAUUCAGCGACGCAGAUAAUGAGGAAAGACUAAGUGAUAUGCUAUCUGAUAGUGGUCUUUCUGUGGGCACAGAAACUGAUGGAUGUGCUGAAAGCACCAAUCCUUUCCCUGAAGGAUACAAACCACCAGAGAAGACACAUAAAUACAAAACUACAUAUAAAAUACGUAGAUCUCCGCAAAGAUCAGACAGGGAUUCUCCAAAAGCCUCUAACGGUCUGCGAAAGUCGACCAGUGCAGCCAAUAUGUUGGCUAAAUCUACCAAAAGGUGGCAGUAACAUGAUGCAGUAGUUGUGUUUAUCAAAUUUCUCCUCUUUAACUGUACAGAUUCUUUUCAUUGACCAGGGAGAGUCCCUUUUAGAGUGUAGGACUAUACAUGACAUUUUGCUAUUUUUUCUUUUUUUAUUUGGGAAUACGGAGGGAGGGGCAGGUUGUGAUAUACUACACUCAAUUUUUUUAUAGGUUUCUUUUUUCUCUGUAAGGAAUUCAGUGAGUAAAGCUUGUAUAAAGUCUGUUGAGUUGUCACAUACAAAUGUUGGUUUUUAUCAGCAAUUUAUCUUCGGGUUACUC